AUGUCUGAUCCAGUGCGCCCCAAUCUUCAACAAUGUAAGACGGUAUAUCAACAAGGAAUCUGUAUCUGGUCCAGCCUUUCCCUACAAGCUUCAGAGAUAACAACCUUACCAAACUUACGUGCUCAACUCGAAGAUAUUGUUCGAUAUCACCCGCAUUUCCCACGCGAUCUCCAGCUCAAAUCAAGGAAUAGCCGCGUCGUUGGAGCAGGGAUCUCAACAUGGGAGGCUUCCCAGGAUUGCAACAUUCCUGCUUUUGAAGAACAUCUUGAGAUAGCAGUGUCUGCUGGGACUACUACACCAAUAGACUGGUCUCACGACCGAGCUAUUCUCCUCCUCGCCUGGGCUUAUAUAUUUUCCGCGCGGUGGGCUGAUCUAUUGCCAGGGUCAAACAAGAUUCGAUAUACGGGUAGUCUUGCUGAUUCAAGAGAUUGCGGUAUCAACGCGAAUGAUGUUAUCGUCGUGGAUAUAGGCAACGCUCAGGAAGACGCUGUCAGAGUCUCUCAUGCCGCUUCUACAGAUCUACCAGCGUCAUACACAAAUGCUCUUCGAUUCCUUUACGAUUACUGUGCUUAUCAUGAUAUUAUGGACCAAAAUCACAUCGCACUAUCAGCAGCUUUGUUCCUUCCUAUCACGAGUGACUAUGGAAAAGAUAUUUUCUUGCAACGUCCAAAAUUGGGGAUUUCAACAAACAAUAUGCAACGCAAUACCCCUGAAAGCAAUAGCUCACGAGCUGGAUCAUGGCUAGAGAAUAACCAUACAUUGGACAAGCUUAUAACUCUCAGUUCACAUAACCGAGGUCUUUUCUCAUUACUAGGCAGUACUUUUUAUGACCCGACAAUCCCAUGCAACCUGGUCGACACAUGGGUGCAAUCAAUAUUCGCGGUACUUCGCACUGUUCCUGAUGGUUCCAUACUUGUCCGCAUAAUGAUGAGCCGUGUACCUCAUAUUUUUCCUUUGUGGCUUGGUGCUACAGUCAUGGGGCUUCACGAAGAAAUUUUGAAGACCGCGCGAUAUGGACAUAUUCCUGUUGAUCGUCACGCCGCAACAUGGUGUCACACCUUGCAGUCGUUUAUGCAACAGCCUGUAUCCAAAUACUCAAGCAAUAGUCGUUACAUCUUGCGAUCAGAUGAAUGCCGGCUUUUACAUCUCACAAGAACACAAUACCCUACAUCUUUUCCAAUAUCCCCAUGGAUACCAUUUGGGUCAACAGCAAUUGAAGAUUCAGACCUCGAUGUUCGUCUUCACACAAGCUGCGGUAGUACCCAUGGCCUUAGGCUCAAAUCGUGGAGGUGGAAGUGUAUUGGAGAGACAGAGGUAGUGCAGGACUGCAAUUCUACCACUCCUCUGUCUAUUGCGCAAAUUGGAAACCCAAAAUUGAACAUAGAUGUGAACUAUGAGUUUCUGGAUAUGGAUAGGGAGAGCUUCGGAAAAUGCAACGCGGAUUAUUUUCACUUGGUUACGCGUCGAUGGGUGCCCCCCAGAUGA